CUCUAUAUUCAUAUCGAAGCGCCCACUCGCAGAUUCUCUCCUCUCCCGUUUUGCACUAAAUGCUCUCACUCCAUCUUCCGCCUCGCCUUCUCCUUCGUUUUCAGUUCUUUCUUCUCCCAUUAUCUCCUCUGUGAGCGCUCCUUCUCUUACUUUGCUUCUUUUUCUAUAACCAGAAUGAUUCAUGAGCUUACUAUAUGAUUCCCAUAGGGCUCACGAGCAACGAAGGAGAUGGUUAGAACGCCAGCCACGCCGUUGUCCAAAAUUCAGAGGACCCCUUCUACGACUCCAGGGGGUCCGAGAACUCGUGAGGAGAAGAUACUAGUCACUGUACGUGUAAGGCCUCUCAACCGGAGAGAGCAAGCCAUGUACGAUCUCAUUGCAUGGGAUUGCUUGGAUGAACAUACCAUUGUGUUCAAGAAUCCCAAUCAUGAGAGGCCUGUAAAUCCAUUUUGCUUUGAUAAAGUUUUUGAUCCUACAUGCUCUACUCAACGGGUGUAUGAAGAGGGUGCGAGAGAUGUUGCUUUAUCUGCUCUUACAGGAAUGAAUGCCACAAUUUUUGCAUAUGGACAGACCAGCAGUGGUAAGACAUUUACCAUGAGAGGCAUUACUGAGAACGCUGUCAAUGACAUAUUUGUUCACAUCAAGAAUACACCAGAGAGAAAUUUUCUUCUAAAAUUUUCUGCUCUGGAAAUAUAUAACGAGACUGUUGUUGACCUUUUGAAUAGCAAAACUGGAUCUCUUCGUCUUUUGGAUGACCCUGAGAAAGGAACCACUGUGGAAAAACUGGUAGAAGAAAUUGUCAAGGACAGCGAACACCUUAGGCAAUUAAUUGGAAUAUGUGAAGCCCAAAGGCAAGUUGGCGAAACUGCUCUCAAUGAUAAAAGCUCACGAUCACAUCAGAUUAUCAGGCUGACCAUUGAAAGUAGCCUCCGGGAAGCUACAAAUUGUGUGAAAUCUUUCAUAGCAAGUUUGAACCUUGUGGACCUUGCUGGAAGUGAACGUGUUUCUCAAACUAGUGCAGAUGGUACAAGAUUGAAGGAAGGUAGCCACAUCAACCGUAGUUUAUUGACACUUACAACUGUCAUUAGAAAGCUAAGUGGUGGGAGAAGAGGUGGCCACAUACCAUAUAGGGAUUCAAAACUUACACGAAUAUUGCAGUCCUCACUUGGGGGAAAUGCUCGUACAGCAAUUAUUUGUACCAUGAGCCCAGCUUUAAGUCAUGUGGAGCAAACAAGGAAUACACUUUCGUUUGCAACUAGUGCAAAGGAAGUUACCAAUAAUGCCCAAGUAAACAUGAUUGUCUCAGACAACAGAUUAUUGAAACAUUUGCAAAGUGAAGUCGCCAGACUUGAGGCUGAACUCAAAAGUCCAGAGGUCUCUUCUACGUGUUUACAGUCUUUACUACUGGAAAAGGAUAAAAAGAUUCAGCAGAUGGAGAAAGAAAUAAAGGAGCUAAGGUGUCAACUUGAACAAGAAAAAAAAGUAUAUGAGGAACCGAAGGGAAUAGAUGAAUGUGGGCCUUCUCAUGUAGUUAGGUGCCUAUCGUUUCGAGGAGAUGAUGAUCGAACUCCCACUAAAAUUCCUCCAGGAUCCAAGCUAAGAAGUGUAGUAGUAGGAAGGAAAGGAGCUUUGAGGCGAUCAAUACCGUCAAUAGAUCCAUCCAUUAUUGUGCAUGAAAUCAGAAAGCUAGAACACUGUCAGAGGCAGCUUGGUGAGGAAGCAAAUCGAGCCCUUGACGUGUUGCAUAGGGAGGUUGCUUCCCAUAAACUGGGCAGUCAAGAAGCCUCUGAAACUAUUGCGAAGAUGCUAUCCGAAAUCAAGGACAUGCAUGUUUUAAGCUCCAUUCCUCAAGAAACCAUUGCUGGAGAUAAGACAAACCUGAUGGAAGAAAUACUUCGUUUUAAAUCUGAAGGAACUGUAAUUGAAUCUCUUGAAAAGAAGCUUGAGAAUGUUCAGAAAUCUAUUGACAAUUUGGUCUCGUCUUAUCCAAGUCCAAACGAUGAGGAUACACCGGAGUUGAAGAACCAGCAUAAAAGGAAAAAAGUACUUCCUUUUGCAUUGAAUAACGGUACAAACGUGCAUCAAAUUAUUCGAUCCCCAUGCUCUCCUAUGUCUUCUUCCCGUAGUGUAACGAAGUAUGAAACAGAGAACAGGGUUCCUUGUAAAGUGACUUCGGCUCUUGAUGAACGUUCAAGGACGCGCAAAAUUAUACCAAACUGUGAUGAAAACUGCAGAAAUGUAUCAAGGGAUAGUACUCCUCUAUCACAGCAAUCUAGCUCAGUUAAUGUGAAAAAAAUGCAGAGAAUGUUCAAGACUGCUGCUGAGGAGAAUAUACGGAGUAUAAGAGCUUAUGUUACAGAGUUAAAAGAACGGGUGGCAAAACUACAGUAUCAGAAGCAACUGCUGGUUUGCCAGGUAUUGGAUUUGGAGAAAAAUGAGAAUGGAACUGAAGCGGCAAUGGACACAAUUGAACAUACUCCAGUUUCUUGGCAUACUAUAUUUGAAGAUCAGAGAAAGCAAAUCAUCAUGUUAUGGCAUCUUUGCCAUGUUUCCCUUGUACAUCGGACACAGUUUUACUUGCUGUUUAAAGGAGACCCAUCUGAUCAAAUUUAUAUGGAAGUUGAAUGGAGAAGAUUGACAUGGUUGGAGCAACACUUAGCGGAGCUUGGAAAUGCGAGUCCAGCACUUUUAGGCGAUGAACCUGCAAGCUCUGUUUAUGCAAGUGUCAAGGCUCUGAAGCAAGAAAGGGAGUAUCUUGCGAAGAGGGUGAGCUCUAAGCUAACAGCAGAGGAAAGAGAAAUGUUGUAUGUGAAAUGGGAAGUUCCACAAGUUGGAAAACAGAGAAGGCUGCAGCUAGUCAACAAGUUAUGGACAGAUCCCCUUAACAUGAAACACAUACAGGACAGUGCCAAAAUUGUUGCAAAGCUAGUUGGGUUCUGUGAAUCAGGGGAACAUGUUAGCAAGGAGAUGUUUCAACUCAACUUUGUUUGUCCUUCCGAUAGGAAGACUUGGAUGGGCUGGAAUCUAAUCUCAAAUCUGUUAAAUCUAUAAUAUGAUCUUUGUAUAUGCUAAGAUACUGCCUUGAUGAGCUCUUUGCUAUGAAAUGUUCAACCCUCUGAAACUUCUAGUGGGAGCUGUGGUAAGAAAUGAACUAACCUAGAUUAUGUAUAAAUUUUCUCCCAAGUUGUGCAAAUGGCCAUUUUUGCUGUUGAU